AUGAGAGAUGAUAUAAAUUUGAGCAAAGGUAGAAUACCUGCAGGAAAUAUCUUGUUUGAUGACUUCCAGUUAUUUGUUUUAUUGAAUACAGUCGAACACCAUUACAUCAAACUUCAAGGAACCAGAAGUUUUGUUCGCUGUAUCCGAUCCGAUAAGAAAACUGAUUAUCUUAAAAGAUAUUUUAAAGAAGUUGCGCAGUCAGCUAGGACAAGUAUUGGAGAAAACCAAGAUGAUUUUCUGGGAUGCGUCAAUAUACCUUUGGACGAAAUCUCUGCAGCUGGAGUGGAUCGUUGGUUUACUCUUCAUGGCCGAAGUCACCGUUCAAACGUGCAAGGCCAAAUACAUCUGAAGUUACAGCUUGGUACUAGAGAAGAUCGAGGAAUUACUUCGGGAGACGAUAAUUUGCGAGAGGUUUUGGAGCAUCAACAAUUGAUAUAUAUUUUCGUGGAUUAUGAACUGAGAAAUUUUCAGGGCCCAAGUUAUGAGUGGCCUGGUGAUUUACCCCAACAAGCACUCACUAUAUUGCAUCAGCAUGCUAUACAAGGAGAUAUAACCGAAUUACAACAGUCACUCUGUCAGUGGGUUGCUUACUAUCGGAAACACCGGGAAGUAACUCUUGAUUAUGCCCUCAUACACCAGCAACUUGAUGAGCUAAAUACAAGCUGGGAUAGAAAUGAAGAAGCUCUUACAUUGGAAGAGGAAACUGAUACGGCAGAUAUCUUCAACGAGUUUUCAGAACGUUGUAUUGAGUUACUGCGUGAACAUCGUAAAUAUUUUCCUCCUCACAACGCUCAUGCCUGGCACAAGUUGAAAUUCCUGCUGAAAUGUGUGUCCUUUCUGUAUUCGAUGAACGCCUUCAAGUCAUGCUUUCCAUUUAGGAAUGAGCUGCAUGUUGAAGUGACAGGCAAUCUAAAGAGAGGUACAAUGGAAUGGAUGCAGGAAAUCCAAAAGAGAUUCCGUCGGGAUCCGCAAAUUGGAGGGAAUUCUAUUCGCGCACUUAUUAAAUUUAUCGAUUUGCUGAAUAUUGACUUACAGAAAGCUACAUCUCAUUAUUGCCAUUUAUUUGAAAGCAUAGUCAGAGUGAACUACUCAGCUCUCGUAUUCAAGCAAAUGGAAAAACAGCUCUAUGAAGAAAUAUCGAAAAGAAUUGGAAGAAAAGCCCUUCAAGAGAUCAACAAUUCUCAGUCAGUAGUAACAGCACAAAAUCGUGAUUACAUCAAUAAAUUCUUGUCGAAAAUGUCGGAAACUGAUGUCUUUGAGUUAUUUUUAGUCCUUCAGGAGUUUAGCCGCUUCAAAGAUUGUCUGCCGAAAGAGGAUCAAUCGAACUUAAUCGUCGCUAAUUGUCACGUGUGGUUCGCAGAUGCUGUCAAUCAAUGGUUUUCCGUCGCCAAAACUAAAGUGCGUGGUAGAAUUUACCACGCCUUUGAACACGACAAAGCCCUGAUGGAAAAUAAAUCACCUACAAAAGAGUUUAAACCAACUGACAAAAGCCAACAGUUACAACUUGCCCCUUUACGCAUCAAAUACAGUGUGUCGGCCAUCGAUACUGUUCUGGCCUUCAUUCAGCUGAAGGAAUUCUGGCAUCAGCUAGCAUGGCCAGAAAAAUGUUCAUCAUACCCAUACGUCCAUUCAAUAGUUCAGGCUAUUGCAUCAGGAGUAGUAUUGUACUGCAACUUAGUAUGGAAGCGACUUCGGGAUGAUAGCAGUUGUUUCAGUGACAGAGGACGCAUUGAGCUCUCAAAUAAGGUGCUGUUGUACAUCAACAAUAUGGAAUACGUACUUGAUGGUCUUAAAAAUUUGGAUAAAGAUUUGGAUAUGGAAGCCUUGAUUCAAGCUAUAGAAAUGCGAGAAGGCCAGAAGGUGUCGCAGAAUUGUCGGUGCGAACUCGAAAAUCUGCUUUUCGAUGCCCAAGAUCACGUGCAUCACAAGAUACAAAGUGUUGUCAACAACAUUGCUGAUCAAAUGAGACCUGCAAUACAAAAGUUGAUGUUCCAUUUGGCUUGGGCUCCAGAGAAGCUGGAAUCUGAAAAGUGUGUUGCCCCAUUAUUGGAGUACCUGGAAAAAACUUUCAGAGAGAUGAAUUCGAAUUUUCUGAAGUCUACUUUCCAAAGGCUGCUGCUGUCUAUUUGGGAUCAAGUACUUUCAGAAAUAUCUGCAACGGCCAAAUCAAACAUUGGGAAAGAAAAAUCACCUUUCUUCCGUCGACUGUUUACCUCCUUGCAUAUGCUAGCAGAAUUCUUCCACAGAGAUGAAUAUAUGCUACCUAUCUCCGAAGUGCAUAGUCCAAUAUAUCGGCGGCUUGAAAAAGAAUUGAGUCUUCAAAAAGCGGAGACAACCCAGCUGAUAGAUAUGUAUUAUCUUCAAAGAAUGGAAGACCAGCAUAAACUGCACCAUGCUCCUUUUGGUAGUUUGACGGUGAAUGCGUAUUAUGAUGUAAUGAAACAAAGUGUUUGUAUUGAAGUUAUCAGUGCCAAGGACCUAAUACCUUGUGACCCAAAUGGUUUGAGUGAUCCUUUCGUGAUUCUGCAGCUGGUACCUAAGCACUUGUUUCCUAAUAGCAGCACUUUCAAAACCAAAACUCAUAUGAGGACUCUUCAUCCUGUUUUUCAGGAAUAUUUCGAGUGGCCCGUGAAAUGGGAAAUAUGUGGUGCCAUUUCUGCAGCCGUAAAUUUUGUGGUGAUGGAUUACGAUUACAUGAGAAAAAAUGAUUUCGAAGGAGAGGCUUACUUGGCUCUUCAUGCUCUGGCUGGUGCGGAUGAAGAGAGAACAUCGGACCCUUUAGAGCUUGUUCUCAUGAGCCCUAGCAAUAAAUCUGAUAUCUUGGCUACACUGGCUGUUAGAACUUGGGACAAGGAAGCGAUGGAACUGCUUCGCCAAGAAAAGCGAAAGCAUUCUUGAUGAUACUGUUCGUUGUACUAUCGGUAUUUAAUGCAUGUAUUUUCUUUGUACGCGUCGUUCUUCCUGUGAACGUGCUGCACAAAUUCAUCUGGUGUCGUGAUGUAUUGUUCCUGUGGACCAAUGUAACUGGUGAAGUCAAAUAAGUAUUGUUGAUAAGUAUUGUCGUUUUAAAAAUGAAAAUUGGAUGUUAAAAACUGUUUUCAAUGUUUGAAAUGGAAAGAAAAGAUGUUUCACUUUUCACGUGAAGCAUUAUCAAACAAUUUUUUUCUGGAUGUCAAUGGUGUUAUCUAACUACAACAUUAUUUUGGUUUUUGACGUAUGUAAGAAAUUUAAACCUUUAUUUAUACAAGAAUCGAAGCAUAUUUAAAGUAUGCCGAGACUUGUAAUUGGUCAUUUUCAGAAUAAAUUGUCCCCAACCUUA